AUGUCUAUAUUACGUAGUUUACUUAAAAUUAAAACAUCAAUAACCGUUCCAAAUUCUACUUGGUUGUCAUUAAUCCCUGGUGUGAAUUCUAAUUCUUUACACACUAGUGCAAUAUGCUGUGCAGCGGUUAAAAAGACAGCAGCUGCGGGAGGUGUUCUUGGCCUUGGUAAAGGUAAAAAGAAAUUGAGUAAACUCAGCACAAUGGAGAAAAAAGUACUUCCAGUGGAGACAGACCCGGAGAAGCUGGUGAGCCAGGUUUGCGGUUCUAAUAUUUAUAUAACAGGGGAGGAUGUUCAGCUGAAGGAUGAUAGCGAGUAUCCAGAUUGGCUAUGGACCCUUAACACUAGCGGACCUCCCAAAAUCGAAGACUUGGACCCUAGCACUAAAGAGUACUGGCUACGAGUGAGAGCAGCUGGUAUGAAAAGAAAUAACCGGCUCAAGUCUAUGAGGAAGUUU